CUCUGGACGGGUGAAUUCAAGGGGCUCGAUAGCGGUGAUGAGGACUAUGAAAUCACCCCACAUAUAUGGGAGCAGGUGGGGGAGGAAACUGCUGCGGCAUCGUGGUGCUUCUGGUUCGUUUAUCUCGCCCCCAUUCUCCUGCAUGGUCGUUUCAAAGAGGACAAAUACUACGACCACAUGUGUCAAUUGGUAGAGUUGAUGAAGACCAUGCUACGUCUUCAAAUUACCAUGGCGGCUGUUGGUGAUAUCAAGAAUGGCCUCAGCGAAUGGGUUCAAAAAUAUGAACAGUGCCUCUCAAUUGAUCAAUUCAAUAGAUAUUAUUACCAGUACAAAUGUGAACGCUUGUCUGUGUGCACCCUGACAGCACAUGGCCUCCUUCACGUAGCGGAUGGAAUUCGGGACUGUGGUCCUGUAUGGUGCACAUGGUCAUUCUAUAUGGAACGAUUUUGCCAUGUCCUACAAAGUGGUCCACGAUCAGUACAACAGCCAUGGAGCCACCUGAACAACCGCCUACUCCAUAUGACGUACCUUGAACAACUCGCAGCGCGCUUUGACCUAGAAGACGAACUUCAGGCAGUUAAUGAGCAUAUCGGAGAUGGGCCUAUUGGGUAUGAGCGCAGCUACCCAGAAUACGCAGACUAUGUGCUGCGACCUCCGUACACAAACAUCCCACAUAUGAGCCAGGACCUCGAAAGACGGCUAGCGAUUUAUUUCAGUCAAGUGCUUGGCAAGCGCACGACUGAAGUCACCACUCACCUAGGCCUGAGUGUGUUGUCCACAGGCAAAUUCCGUAUACGUCACGGUGGAGAUUCGUUCAGAACAGAAGCUGUAUCGAAAAGGACUGGUCAGAACGAACGAAAGAAUUGUUAUGUUCGUUAUGAAAUUCUACAAUAUAGCAGAGGCGUCCAUGAGCCCAUAUGCAAGAUUUGCUAUGGACAUCUCGACAAAAUAUUAGUGUAUCAAGUUCCGAACGACCCGUUCUUCGGCAUCCUCAGCGGAAAGGAACAAGUACUAGUGUUAUUAACACCAUGGAAGACAGACGGACAGGAUGCAGCAAAGACACUCACUUGGGUCCAGGCAAAGUUAGCUCCCAUUAUUACCGACAUUCGAAAUAUAAAGGCCGUUGUUGGAUUGGUUGACACUCGAAAGAGAUCAGGGAUCAUUGAUAGA